AUGUGCAGCCCUAACGAGGAAGGUUGGUAUUUCCCUGAUUCUAUGGAUGAAGAUAUGAGUAACACUGUUGAGAAGCUGAAAAUAGUGGAACUUGACCAGAUUGCUCUUGAUACUAUUGUGUGGAAGCCUAGUGCUUCUGGUGCAUAUACUAUGAAAGACACUUAUAAGUGUUUAGAUGGUUAUGGAGAUGUUGUUCAAUGGCAGAGUAUUGUGUGGUUCAAGUCACAUGUUCCAAGGAAUUCUUUCAUCACAUGGCUCGCUUUACAUGGUAGGCUCAAGACUAAGGAGAAGAUGGUACAGUGGGGUUUAUCCCAGGUGGAUGAUUGCAAAUUAUGUGAGUAUAUGGAAGGGGCUAUUAUUAAAAAUGGGGUUUAUCAGAGAGACUUGCAGUUGUUGGAUGGAGAAAAUUAG